ACCAUUUAUAUUGAUAGACGUAUUGACAAUAAAAUAUUCACACACCACCUGGACAUUAGUGAUCGAAAGACAUUUCCUGCCAAAUGGCAGUAAUAAUCACACAUAAAUGUCUUCUUAAUGUGCCCUACCGGUCGCCAGGAUGUCGCGAACUCUUAAUAGCCAAUGACACUAGCGCUAGCAAUGGUAUUCACUUCAUACUGUGGAUCAAAUUCGUUAGUAGCUGAACAUCCAUUCUAGCGACAAGACGUUUAUAUUUCAGUGAUUUUAAAGUGUGUGUUUCUAUUUUCAAAAAAUAAUUUUAAUCAUGGCUGGUUCUAUCACCAACAACGCUGCGUUAUAUAAAAAGAAUGCAUUUACUUAUGUGCCUUCAUCACCACCGGCCGAACUUAUCGAAUCUACAUCUUACACACACGACUUCGCAGCCCGUAAGUUUGUACAUAUCGGUAUUGACCCGAGCGAAGAAUUCCAGGUCGUUGUCCAUUUUUUAUCUCCAUCGAGGCAUGUCAAAAUAACACCGGAUUUUCUAAAACGUAUAUUUUCACUAAUGGGUAAUAUGCUGUCAUUCGUAUUGGAGCAGGCGCUAAAAUAUAAGCGUACGUUAUUUUUGGAAACCGAACAUUAUAAAAUAUCCAGUAUGGUGUAUAGCAGAGAAAAUGUGCUAGUGAUUGAGUCAAAAACUCAUGAAGGGUGCAGAGUACUGUUAAAUCGGAAGGACCUUAUACAACUUCAGUAUUUGGAAUGGUGCAUAUUUGAAACGAUUACACGAAAAUCAAAUAUAACACAACCAGCUGUCCUAAAACAAUUCGAUAUAUUUUUAAACUAUAUCGAUGUUGAAUUCACCAAGAUUGAUUCACCACCGAAAAAUAACGAAGAAAUGGUCACAAUUAUCAAAAAUGUACGCGACGGUAAUGUAAUUUCAAAAAUUGCAAAAAAUGAUGUCAAUCUCAUCAGUCAACUCAAAAUGUAUGCUUCAUCUCAAUUAGCCGAACAUUGGGCGAAACGAUGGAGCCGGGAAAUGUCGCCAGAGGUAAAUCUAUAAAUUAUAUUACUUUCAAAAAUAUUCAAUGUAUAAAUAUUAUUUUAUAGUUAUUCACUGAAUCCGAAGUGACGCUCAUUUCACCAUUGUCGCCGUCUCAAUACUCGAGUAUAUCCCCAAUGCUAUCUAUUGAAGAAGAUGACUAUUCAGUGUCACGAGCAGCUGACGAGGAUCGUGGUAUCGAAGAAUUUUUAACACAGGCGACAUGGGCACCAACCAAGUCAUUGGUAAUA